CGUUGCCAAAUAGCUGGAGAAAUGUCUGAGAAUACCCGCCAAGUUGGCGCGUCGCCCAUAUCUUCCUCGCCUGGUCGGUCUUAUCCCCUUGCUCGUCCGCAUUGGCCGUGGUCAACGUAUACGCAUCGCUCGUCUUCUUCAACACCUAGCAUCGCUUCCAGUCAUGGACACGCUCGCACAUCAACACUCAGUGGAUCAUGGGAACCUCGCUCGCUGGGGUCCUCCACGAUGACGGGCACCAGCACGCCUGGAGGCGCACCCCAGGCAUUCGUCAGACAGGAUAGUGUAUUCAAUGUCGCGGCGCAGGACGAUGCCAUGAGACACUGGACAUUUACGGCCUUUGAAUGGGUAGUGCGGGAUGUCCGAAGGCUGAAGGACUUCGUUGAAGCAGAUCACGUCGAUGGCGCGAGUGCUCCGUCAGAGUACGACAGGGUGCACGAGGAUACCUCUUCCAGCUUCGGUGUCUUUAGAGACUCGCCGCUGUUGGGAGACGGGAAAUUCAAGCUUGAAAUCGGUAUGCUCGCACCCGUGUUAAAGACCUUGCGCUCACACAUCCCAGCCAUGUCUUCGACGUCUAUCCAGAGCAAUCCCGGAUCUGAAAGAAUCCUCGUCUUGUCUAUCACUUCAUUAAUGGUCGACUUUCAUCAAGCUGACUAUGACGCGUCGAUCAUGGUAGCGAUCAAAUGUCAGGACGACAAAGCAGGCGAGCGAGGUGCGAGGCCAGCUUGGGUAUGGGAGGCGUGGCAAAAUGAGUGGACAUUCCGUUCUGAUAGUGAAGUUUGGGAAUGCCCCUUGCCAUCAUUGUCAUCGCUAUUGGAAAACUAUCGCAUCAACAGCAGUGACUCAUUUGUCAUUUGUGUUCAGAUACACUCUCCACUUGGGCCAUUCUUUCCACAGCAGCCGUCUGCUUAUUAUGUACCAAGGGAUCUUCUUGAAGGUCUUGAGGCGUCUUUGGAUAAUGCCAAUACCGGUGACGUACGCUUUGUCUGUUUGGAGCGGAGUUUCGAGGAUGCUGCAUCAGGCGAAAUACCCCCAAGCCCUUCGCUUUCUACGCAGAGCAGCCGCAGAUCGUCUUCGGGAUCAGCGUCGACUCCGUUCUUACCACACUUGACGGCUCGAAAGCGCACGAUCUACGCUCAUUCGGAUAUCCUCAUCCGCAGAUCAGAGUAUUUCGCCACCAUGCUUUCUUCGGCCUUCGCCGAAACUUCGCAAGGCAUAGUUCCUGGAGAGCGCAAAGUCUAUACCAUCGUGGUUGAAGAAGCCGACUUUAAUACGAUAUACUGGCUUUUGAAAUGGAUCUACGGCAACUGGUUGCUUUUCAGAGACGACGACGACCCACGAGAAGCUGUCAGUGGCACUGGCGCUGGCUGGAGCACGAAAUGGCUGCACUCUCGCGGUAACGAAUGGGAUUGGAAGACGUUCAGCAAAAGCGUAGCAAGUAUUGGAAGUGUCCGUUCCGCGACAAGUGGUCAUCAAGAUCAGAGCUCUGCUGGUGACAAAGGAAAGCAAACCGACCGGUCCAGAAACAUAGUUUCAGCAUCCACGCCAUCUAUAACACGGAGCACAACUUCCAAACCUACGAUGCCUGGAAUCACUUCCAGGCAGUCAAGCGGUGUUACCACGUUGCGCCAUGGUGCUCCUUCCAGUGGCUCGACCACAACGAGCGUUAUGGCUGGUGGCGUCUCUUCAAGCUCAUCGAAUCAGGCAAAGUCUGUACCCCUUCCUUCAAGCUACCCGUUGUCGCCCAGAGCGUCCAGACACCCUGCUUCAACUCCAUCAAUACCUGAUCCGCAUCCUCACCCGACACCGCCUCCGCCGCCUGCGUCUGCCCUUUCCGUGUACCAGGUGGCGCAUCGUUACGCAAUCCCUGGCCUGGCUUCGCUUGCUCUGGAACAUAUGAUGGCUACUCUCACACCUGCACGAUCAUUCGCUCUUCUGCUUGCGACCUCCUUGUGGGAUGAGCUACAUGCGCUUGUAGAAGAUUACGUGGUAGAACGCUGGGAAGAGGUUGCUGUUACUCCGGAAUUCGAGAGCUGCUGCGUUGAAGUGGCGGCUGGGGAGUGGGGCACGGAAGGCGGUAAAACGCUCACGGCCCUCUUCAGGCGGCUUAGGUCGCCGCUCGGCUUCAGUAGAUCUUGA